AUUAAGGUGCACCCCCGGGUUCCUCCUCACCAUGCGGUUGACGCUACACAAGAAGAAGAUCGCCACCCUGCUGCUGUUCCUGGGAAUGGCCUUCUGUGCCUGGCUGCUCUUCUCCUCUGACGAGGAUGAAUUGGACGAACCCUUACCGGUGCCGACGCUGUCCAUCGAAGCCCGCCAACCCUCCGGCUUCCUGCUUCCCCGGGGUUCCCCUAUGCAGAUGCGCCUGGGGGCUUACCGCAACAACCUCCGGCAACCGAUCUUCAACGCUAAUAAUUUUUCCGGCCGCCCCGAGCUGGUGGUGGUGGCACAGAUACGUGGAGGGCCAGGGAGCGGCGCCCGCUUGAAACUGCUGGCCGAGUCGCUGCAGACCGCCGGACCGGGUGCCACCGGCCGCCUCCUUCUGGUGCUGAGCAUGGAGAAACCAUGCGCCGAGGCUGCCAAUGCCAUGAGGACUAUUGACUUCUGCCGGGUGCUGCCCAUCUACUUCGCCUACAGCGCCAGCUUCUACCCGGAUGAGUUUCCAGGCUCUGACCCGGCCGAUUGCCCCAGGGACCUGCCCAAGGAAUCCGCCAUAUUGAAAGGCUGCACCAACGCUGAAUACCCCGACAGCCACGGGCACUACCGAGAGGCAACCUUCACUCAGGAGAAGCACCACUGGAUGUGGCAGCUGCACUUCACGUGGCAGACGCUGCGGGAGGUGGUCGGUUACAGCGGCUACGUCCUCUUCCUGGAGGAAGGCAGCUACCUGCUCCCAGACUGGCUGCACAUCCUCAGACUCAUGCAGAAGCAGUGCAAGGAGGAAGGGUGCCACUUGCUCAGCCUAGGUGGCACGUCCAUUCCGGAGGUGUCGCCUGACCCCCAGCAGCUAGAGGUGAGCGGCUUCGUGGCGCCCAAGCACCGUUCCGCACUUGCCAUGUCGAGAGAAGUCUAUUACCAGCUGAUGGGCUGCCUGGCGGAGUUCUGCACCUACGACGACUACAACUGGGACUGGAGCCUCCAGCACGUGUCCGCCACCUGCCUGUCCCACCCGCUGAAAGUCCUGUACACCCGCCUGCCGCGGGUCCUCGACCUCCCCGGCCAGCCGGACGAAAGGGGGAUGUGCGCGCGCACCGGACCCUGCUCCAACAUAGACGCUGCCUCGCAAGCCCUCAGGGAGAAAGUGCGGCAGCUGAGCGGGCGCCUCUUCCCAAAAACUGUCGAAGUGGCCGCCAGGCAGCAGGAGGUGCGCAACCCGCCGCCCAUGGUGAACGGAGGCUGGGGCGACGUAAGAGACCACGUGCUGUGCAAAAAUUACGCCAGGCUGUGAAGCGCCAGCUCUGCCUAUCUAGCGACCAAAACUGCGACCAAAGUCAUAAAGUUUACUCAGGAA